AGAGAAUCAAUAAUUGCACCCGUUGGGGCCUGCACAUAAAUACUUGAAACCGACUUGAUAUUCUCUCUGCUCUCUCUUCUGAACUCUAGCACUCUAGCACUCUCACUCCCCCUCAGCUCUCUCUCUCUCUCUCUCUCUCUCUCUUCAGUUUCUUGAAACCCUUUGGCGCUCACCACGAUUCCAAUUCUUUUCCCAGCUGUGUAGAUAUAUACUGUGAAAGAUAUUCGGUGCUGUGCCGGUCGGCUUUGUGGCGAUCUGUCAUGAUUACUGAAAGGAAGGCCGCCAAGGCCUUCGGGGCGAAGACGGCUCGCGCCUGCGACAGCUGCUUGCGGCGGCGAGCCCGAUGGUACUGCACCGCAGACGAUGCCUUCCUCUGCCAGGGCUGCGACUCCUCCGUACACUCUGCGAACCAGCUGGCACGGCGGCACGAGAGGGUCCGCCUUGGGACGGCCUCGUCGUUGUCUUCCAGGAUCGGCUGUGGCGGCGGUGCCAAGUUGCCGUCGUCAGCCCCACCCCAAUUUGUCGACAAUUCAGCAGCUCCGGCGUGGCACGGCGGGUUCACCCGCAAGGCCCGGACGCCCCGGAUCAGCAAGAAGAUCCUGCUCCGGUCGCAGGCGAGGAAUAACCAUUGUGAGGACGACAAGGUCUCGAAACUGAACCUCACUCGUGACGACAAUUUCAUCGAUCACAACCUAGUUCCCGAGCUCGGCAACGACUUAGGAGGGUCACCAAACGAGAAUUACAAUGAAGAAGACGAAGAACAGUUCCUUUAUCGGGUGCCAGUUUUCAACCCUCUCGCGUCUGAAAUGAUUGGGGAUGAGAUGGCAGAUUUGUUGCGCGUGGGCGAUGAUGUUCUCCGAGAUGGGUCGUUCGACCUACCCUCCGACAUGGACCUUGCAGAGUUUGCGGCCGACGUGGAGAACUUGCUGAGCAACGACAACGAAGGAGGGACCGAGGAAGAUUUCGCAUGUGAUGUGAAAGACCUGGGAGUGUUGUUGGAGUGCAAAGAGGAAGGACAUCAUGAAGAAGGUGUGAUUGGGGUUUGCUUUGACAGGAGAGAUCAAGGAGUGGUUAAAGUGGAGGGAUUGGUGGGAGGAGGAGCCCUGGACUGCCACAUGGAGAUAGGGUUCGAUGCGACGGGCGCCGGUGAUGAUGUGGACUGGGACUUCGAUUUCUAUAACGACGACCACGUUCAGUCACUGGGGAUUGAAGAAAAGGAAGACGAAGAGAAGAAGAUGAGGAUGGUGAUAAGUGGUGAUGCAGAAGAACAGGCGACGAUGAAGAAGAAAAGGAAGAUGUUGUUGAGGCUGAAUUAUGAGGGUGUGAUGGCCGCUUGGGCCAGUCAAGGCUCUCCGUGGACAACUGGAGAUCGACCCGAUUUUGAACUUGACGAGGGAUGGCCUAACUCCAAUAUGGGUACCGCGAGCCAUUCCUUGAAGUAUCAUCUUCCCUUCGCAGAAGCGAUGGGGCUUAGGGCACAUGUUGGGGCCGAAGAUGGAGGGAGAGAAGCAAGAGUGUCGAGGUAUAGAGAGAAGAGAAGGACCCGGAUGUUCUCCAAGAAAAUAAGGUACCAAGUGAGGAAGCUCAAUGCCGAGAAGAGACCUCGGAUGAAAGGCCGCUUCGUCAAGCGGAUGUCCUUCAUCUAAUUGGCAAUCCUGUACGUGCUCAGUGCGGCUUUCUACACCGAACUGGAGAGUAUUCUGGUCUUCUUUAAUCAGGUUCUCAAACCAAUCAGGGAACUUCCAAAGACCAAGCCAUGUCCGUGGAUGGGCACUUUAGUGAGAGCCACACAUCUGGACUAAGCUUUUAGAGCAAUUCCCUGGUGAGUAGAGUUCUCGUAAUACAGUCGGUGGCCUUUUCUUGCUGGGCUUGAAAGAAUCGGUCAACCAGUAGUGAGGAGUUCCCUCCUGAAAGGGGAAUUACCUGGUGGGGCGCGACUCUCUUUUUCACGAGUAUCGCCACGUGGAUUAGGGAUCCUUCCUCGAAUGAACUCGUCCUGGGCUACUUUAGGAACGAGCAAGACUGGGUUAUAACAGCACGACAGAGAUUAAACAGCUCUUACCGGCUAAUUUGUAUACCGAUCACGAGUCUUUGUGAACAGUAUCUCAAACUUGGAGUUAACUUGCAUGUGAAUCUUAGUAUUUCUUGUAUUCUUCUAGAUUAAAUAAAUGCACAUUGGGAAUAAAUGUACCUCCUUCGAAUUCCUACAUUUUGGAGAGUUCAAGAUGGUAUAAGCACCUGUGGUUAUGUUUGA